AUAAACAUUUUAUUUUCAUCUUAACCAAUUUUCAACAAAAAACAUUAGUCUUGUACAUAAAACAUUUUAAAUGUUCAGUAGUGGUGCAUAAUGUUGUUUUCAGCAGAAUUAACAGAUGUUAAAGUAGUAUACAAUGUUUUAAAAUCUAUCUCCAUUAAAGAAUUUGCAAUUUUUCGUCCAGUAGAAGAAGGCCUCAAAGUGACUUUAGAUGAAAUGAGGUGCAUGGAAACUUCAGCUUACAUUCCACGUGAAAUGUUUACAAUGUACCAUGUAACAGAGUCUGACAACAAUAUAUUUAAAGUAAACUUAAAAACACUUACUGAUAUACUAAACAUUUUUGGAGACGACAGUCAUCCCAAUUUAAAACUCACUUUUAAAUCGGUUGGAUCGCCAUUGCGUUUAGUAAUGAAUCAUAGUGAAGAAAAUAUAACUGUCGACUGUGAAAUAAAAACGAUGAACACUGAUGAAUUUCAGAAUCCCAGCUUGUCAGAAGAAUGCAAUUUAAACAAAAUUGUGGUUUUGGCAAAUGUUUUCGUUGAGCUUUUGCAGAGGCUAGAUAAUUCAUCCGAUGAUUUGAAAGUUACAUUUAGUCCAGAAUUUCCAUAUUUUACUCUAAAAAGCACCAGUUUAUCGGGAUCUUCCGAAGUAAGUUUAAAUAAGCAUUCGGACUCUGUAACGAUCUAUCAAUGCAAAGAAAAGACUGAUUUUACUUACGCUUUUUCCAAUAUCAGGCAUAUUAUUAAAGUCAUGCAUUACGCUAAUAAAGUAUCUGUAUCCACUGGUGGAUCUGGACUCUUAGGUUUUCAGUUGGUUAUCACAUCCGAUGACAAGCAAAUGUAUGUAGAAUAUUAUGUAACACCAUUGUUUAUGGGAGACGAUUGAAAAAUAUACGAAUUUUGCAAUUU